UCUCAUUGCCACAAAGCUUCUCAUGUCAUUAAAACUUCUCGCACACACUUUUCCCUCUUUAUAAAAUACCGCCAAAAGCUCUGUUCUAUCACAAAACAGAAUUAACUACCAACUUCUUCUUCUUCUUCUUCUUCUAUAUUUCUCAAUAUUUUCUAAUUUCUCUUUUUUCCUUAGGCUGCAAAGAUGUUGGACAUAGCGUUUGAAUUGAUUGGAGAAGCCACUUCGAAUUCGCUUCUCAUGUUCUGUUUCUGCAACCUCAUUAUUGUCAUGAUCUUCACCGGUUCAUCAAAACCUGGUUCGAUGGGUUCACAAGAUCCCACGUUUGUUACCCCUGUCAGCUACGAUAUGUGCUACAUUGCUUCUCAUGAUCAUGAUGAUGAAGCUAUGACUAUAGCUGCUGCUGUUCCAUGUGCACAAGAUGAGCCGUUGAUCGAUGACUCAAGUUCUGACGAAGAAGAGGACAUAGAAAUCAGCCAUUGCUAUGCUGAUGAUGAUAGUGAUGAUGAUGAUGAUGAUGAUGAUGAUGAUAGUGAUGAGGAUGAGGAUGAGGAUGAGAACAAAGAGGCAGAGGUUGAAGAGGAGGAAGGAGAUGAUGAUCUGAGAACGAGGGUAGAAGAGUUUAUAGCAAAAAUUAACAAUGAAUGGAGGCACGAGAAGCUUAGGGCUUUGAAUUUAGUUUAUUGAUGGAUUAAGAAAUUUCUAACCGUUUGCAAUGUUUUUGUUUGGAUAUGUACAUGUUUUUUUUUACAACAUCAUUUUUUUUUCGCAGUGGAUGUAUUUUCUAAAGAUGGUCAAUCAAAUGUGUUUAAAAACAAAA